UGUCCUCACAAACUCACUGUUCCAUAUUCCACAUUUUCACACGCUACAUCUCCACGCUUUUCACUCCACAUCUCACUCUAUAAAUACAGAGUUCCAUCCUUUGUACUUUCUCACAGCCACACAUUUCUUCUUCUUCCAUAACAAUUCAUUCUUUUCUUUCUACUAGCCAUGGCUGAUGAAGUGAUUCUGCUAGAUUACUGGGUAAGUCCAUUUGGCAUGAGGGUCAGAAUAGCCUUAGCUGAAAAGGGUAUCAAACAUGAGUACAGAGAAGAAGAUUUAAGGAACAAAAGCCCUUUGUUGUUACAAAUGAACCCUGUUCAUAAGAAAAUCCCUGUUCUUAUUCAUAAUGGUAAAUCAAUUUGUGAAUCUUUAAUUGCUGUUCAGUAUAUUGAUGAGGUUUGGAAUGAGAAAUCUCCUUUGUUGCCUUCUGAUCCUUAUCAGAGAUCACAAGCUAGAUUCUGGGCUGAUUAUGUUGAUAAGAAGAUCUAUGAAGUUGGAAGGAACCUUUGGACCAAAAAAGGAGAAGAACAAGAAGCUGCCAAGAAGGAAUUCAUAGAGGCUCUCAAAUUGUUGGAGCAAGAGCUGGGAGACAAGACUUACUUUGGAGGAGACAAGAUUGGUUUUGUGGAUGUAGCACUUAUUCCAUUCUACACUUGGUUUAAAGGCUAUGAGACCUUUGGCAACAUCAAUGUAGAGAAGGAAUGCCCUAAGUUCAUUGCUUGGGCCAAGAGAUGCAUGCAGGUUGAGAGUAUUUCCAAGUCACUCCCUGAUCAAGAUAAGGUGUAUGGCUUCAUUGUGGAGAUCAGGAAGAAGUUUGGCCUUGAGUAGGUUGGAGAUGUUAGGUUAAGUUUAUGUUUAGAUGUGUGGUGAGUUUGGCGAAACCAUGAUGAUGCCUUGAUUUUGUUGAAGCUCGAAAGUGUAGCUUUUGUUAAAAUCACGGUGGUUCAUUGCGGUAUUGUUAUUCUCACCAUGAAUCAAAACAUGUAGUACUAAAUGAUUUCAGUUUUCUCAACCUUUCUGUUGGAAUAAUUAUGUAAUAAAAAGGCACUUUGAUGUGCCAAACUUUGUGGUUUUUGUAGGAAAUUAUUCUGAAGUACUUGUGAAUUGUAAUGGAUCUUUGAUCUGUUAGUUUUUAUACAUUGUUAUGCACUCUUUCAUGUGAAA